CUUGAGGAUUAGUAUAAGUGAAUAAGUGAAAAAUAUCUCAAUGUUCACUGUAAUUGAUAAAACAUUGAUUAAGAUCAAAUAUAGCUUACAUUUUCAAACGCUUUUGUUCUCUUAUUUUGGUGAUGAAAAUGGUCAUUCAUGUCACUCUUCACUUGAUGAUAUUUAUCAUGAAAAAAAUAAAUCAUAACAAAUAAUAAAACCGUAAGUGAUUAACCAUUGUGAAAAGUAUGCACACAGACAUUUCUCCAAUUGCAUAAUAAUAACUCACCCACGGUAAUAUUCUUGACGGAUUAAAAAAAAAAUAUAUGGAAAUUCAGACAAAUUGUUCUGGAGUGAGUUUCUUUUGGUGGUUGGUUAUUAAGGCAAAUGUCUUAUUUUCUCUUUUGUAUUCAUAAUAGCCCUUUCAGCAAACAAAAGUAUUCUUUAUCUGAAUAUGGGAUUAUUCAAUCCCCAAAUACUAAAAUAUUUCUUACCUGCAGCCCUGCAUUCAACUCCCCUGUUGUGUUAUGUUAUUUAUAUUGUUUAAUAAAACCUUUUCUUCAGCUCCUGGGGAUUAACAGGAAUAAAAUUGCUCUUCAAAAUUCGGAUAUUGCAACGCCAAUGAGGUCAUUGAUGAGCAAAACUGCUCCUCAAAGAAAAAGUUAGUUUGAGCCUUGAGAUGAAAUAAAUAUAGAGUAAAUCUAAUUGAAAUAAUAUGAGUUCAACAUGCAAUAAAAUAUACCUAAUGCAUAAGUUUUUUGUGUGCUUUUUAGUACGGAUGAUGGCUUUAUGAUGCGGAAGGUGGCGAUGGGCAAGUGACGUGCCGAGCUCGUGCCAAGAAUAAAAAGAAUGCGAGAAGCCACCUGAUUGGACGACAACUGUCCAGCUGGGCAUUUCGCAACUCAGGAGGGUUCGGACAUCAGCGGGGAGCGGUGCAAGUAGCAGCAAAGAGCGCCCCCGUCGCUCUGCUUUCUGACCUGAAGGCCUGAGUGCUGAACUUCAACGUUAGCAGCGGGCGGUACGAGGGGGAGGCCAUGUGGACCGCACGCCUGCUAGUCCUCGCCAGCCUCUUUGCUCCAGCCGCUCUGGCCUUCAGCCGCGCGCCCAUCCCCAUGGCGGUGGUGCGUCGGGAGCUGUCGUGCGAAGGCUACCCCAUCGAGCUGCGCUGCCCGGGCACUGACGUCAUCAUGAUCGAGAGCGCCAACUACGGGCGCACUGACGACAAGAUCUGCGAUGCCGACCCGGCGCAGAUGGAGAACACCAGAUGCUACCUGCCGGACGCCUACAAGAUCAUGUCGCAAAGAUGCAAUAACCGGACACAGUGUGCCGUGGUGGCCGGACCGGACGUAUUUCCAGACCCCUGCCCAGGAACUUAUAAAUAUCUGGAAGUCCAAUAUGAAUGUGUGCCAUACAAAGUGGAGCAAAAAGUAUUCCUGUGCCCAGGGCUUCUGCGCAGGGUAUUCCAGAGCGAGCACCUCUUCGAAUCGGAUCACCAGUCCGGAGCGUGGUGCAAGGACCCCCUCCAGGCCUCCGAUAAGAUCUACUACAUGCCGUGGACGCCCUACCGCACAGACACGUUGACAGAAUACUCCUCGAAGGAGGAUUUUGUCGCCGGUAGGCCGACGACGACCUAUAAGCUCCCGCACCGUGUGGACGGCACGGGCUUCGUGGUGUACGACGGCGCGCUGUUCUUCAACAAGGAGCGCACGCGCAACAUCGUCAAGUUCGACCUGCGGACUCGCAUCAAGAGCGGCGAGGCCAUCAUCGCCAACGCCAACUACCACGACACCUCGCCGUACCGCUGGGGUGGGAAAUCCGACAUUGACCUGGCGGUGGACGAGAACGGCCUGUGGGUCAUUUACGCCACCGAGCAGAACAACGGCCGCAUGGUCAUCAGCCAGCUCAACCCGUACACGUUGCGCGUCGAGGGCACGUGGGACACGGCGUACGACAAACGCUCGGCGUCCAACGCCUUCAUGAUCUGCGGGGUCCUCUACGUUGUCAAGUCGGUGUACGAGGACGACGACAACGAGGCCACGGGGAACAAGAUCGACUACAUCUACAACACGGAGCUGAGCAAAGACGGCUUCCUUGACAUCCCGUUUCCCAACUCCUAUCAAUACAUCGCUGCCGUGGAUUAUAAUCCCAGAGACAAUCUGCUUUACGUUUGGAACAAUUACCACGUGGUCAAGUACUCCCUAGACUUCGGCGUGCUGGACAACCGCCUCGAGACUUCAUCCUCCGUAAUGGUCUAUAUGGACACGACAACCACCACCACGAGGACCACCACUCGUCCCACCACCACCACCACCGUCACCUUCACAGCAGCCCGGACGGGCACCAACAAAUUGGUCACCACCACUACCACCACCUCUUCAACGGGUGCACCGGGCCCCCCGCGGGCCCAAACGCCAGUGGGACGCCUGGGUACGGGAGACGACGAACGGUUGCCACCUUCCUCCAGGCUUCCCAACGUCAGGGUGGAGUACUGUAAUCCUCUGGUCAUGUUCGACAUUUCUUGGCCCAAGACUGGACAGGGAGUGGUUGCCAAGAUGCCCUGUCCUCCUGGGACCAUAGGCGUGGCCUCCUACUCGUGCGUGGGUCCUGAGGGCUACUGGGACCCUCAGGGGCCCAACUUCACCAACUGCACGUCCCCCUGGGUCAACAUCAUCAGCCAGAAGCUGAAAGUGGGCGAGACGGCGGCGGUGAUCGCCCGGGAGCUGGCCGAGCAGACCAAGAGCAACCUGCAGGCGGGGGACAUCACGUUCACGGUGAGGGCCAUGGUGCAGCUGGUGGAUCUCCUCGACGUCCAGCUACGCAACCUCACGCCGGGUGGGAAGGACAGCGCGGCGCGGAGCCUCAACAAGUUGCAGAAGAGAGAGCGCUCGUGCCGUUUUUACGUGCAGGCCAUGGUGGAGACGGUGAACAAUCUGCUCCAGCCGCAGACUCAGGCGGCGUGGCGCGAACUGAGCACGGGCGAGCAGCUGCGGGCGGCCACCACACUACUGGACACGGUCGAGCAGGGAGCCUUUAUACUAGCAGACAACCUGCUCAAGACCGACGUCGUGCAGGAGAACACCGACAACAUACAGUUGGAGGUUGCACGGAUGAGCACCGACGGGAAUUUGCCUGACCUGAAAUUCCCCCAAACGGGCGGACAGGGCAGCUCCAUCCACCUAUCGGCUAACACACUGAAGCAACAUGGAAGAAACGGUGAGAUCCGCAUUGCUUUCGUGCUGUACAAGCACAUCGGCAUGUACUUGUCCACGGAGAACGCCAGCAUGAAGUUGGGCAGCGAUGCCAUGGCAACCAAUUAUUCCGUCAUCGUCAACUCGCCGGUGAUCACGGCCGCCAUCAACAAGGACGCCAAUAAAGUCUACCUCUCCGACCCGGUCAUCUUUACCAUCAGACACCGACAGCAAUCCGAGGAGAACUUUAACCCAAACUGUUCAUUCUGGAGCUACUCCAAGCGCACAAUGACCGGCUACUGGUCCACGCAGGACUGCCGCUUGCUGGGCAACAACAGGACGCACACCACCUGCUCCUGCACCCACCUCACCAACUUCGCCGUCCUCAUGGCCCACGUGGACGUCAAGAACACAGACCCGGUUCACGACAUACUUCUGGAUGUCAUCACUUGGGUGGGCAUCCUCCUUUCGCUGGUGUGCCUGCUGGUCAGCCUCUUCACCUUCUGCUUCUUCCGCGGCCUCCAGAGCGACCGCAACACCAUCCACAAGAACUUGUGCAUCUGCCUUUUCAUCGCAGAGUCCCUGUUCCUCGUCGGGAUCAAUCGGGCUGACCAGCCGAUCGCAUGCGCCGUCUUCGCCGCCUUGCUGCACUUCUUCUUCCUGGCGGCUUUCACUUGGAUGUUCCUGGAGGGGGUGCAGCUCUACAUCUUGCUGGUGGAGGUGUUCGAGAGCGAGCACUCGCGUCGACGCUACUUCUAUCUGGUGGGCUACGGGGUGCCGGCCCUCGUUGUGGCCGUCUCGGCGGCGGUGGACUACCGCAGUUACGGCACGGACAGAGCUUGCUGGCUUCGCCUUGACACCUACUUCAUUUGGAGUUUCAUCGGACCGGCAACCUUGAUAAUUAUGCUCAACGUGAUCUUCCUGGCCAUUGCGCUCUACAAGAUGUUCCAUCACACAGCCAUCCUCAAGCCCGAUUCCGGUUGCCUGGACAACAUCAAAUCGUGGGUGAUCGGAGCCAUCGCCUUGCUGUGCCUCCUGGGCCUCACCUGGGCCUUUGGCCUGAUGUAUGUCAACGAGAGCACGGUGGUCAUGGCCUACCUCUUCACCAUCUUCAACUCGCUGCAGGGCAUGUUCAUCUUCAUCUUCCACUGCGUGCUGCAGAAGAAGGUGCGUAAAGAGUUUGGCAAGUGCCUCCGUACGCACUGCUGCAGUGGCAAAAGCAUGGAAAGCUCCAUUGGUUCCAAGGGAAAUGCUUCUCGUGGUCCUGGACGCUACUCUGCUGGCUCACAGAGUCGCAUCCGUCGGAUGUGGAACGAUACGGUCAGAAAACAGUCGGAGUCGUCUUUCAUGACCGGCGACAUCAACAGCUCGGCGUCGCUCAACAGAGGGGCUAUGGCUAACCAUCUUAUACCUAAUGCACUCCUACGUCCUCAUGGCACUAACAAUCCGUAUAAUACAUUGCUCGGGGAGUCGGCAGUCUAUAACAACCCGCUGGGCAUGUACAACGCGCAAGAGCCCUACAGAGAGACAAAGGGAAUCCUGAACAAUGCCCGGGAUACAAGUGUCAUGGAUACACUACCACUGAAUGGUAACCACAGCUACAGCAUCGCAAGCGCCGACUACAUGAGCGACUGCGUCCAGAUCAUUGAGCGGGGCUACAACCACAAGGAGACCACCCUGGAGAAGAAGAUCCUCAAAGAGUUGGCCUCCAAUUACAUCCCGUCCUACCUGAACAAUUCGGCGGAGCACAACCGCAACCUGGUCAACAAAUUGGUCAACAACGUCAGCAACGGCUCCAAGGAGAGCGGCUACGCGUACGGCUUGCGAGCGGCGAUGGGCAUCAACCCGGAGCACGGCACCUUCGGCGGCCACCCCGACGAAGGCCUGGGCUUGGAGUCCAACGUGCCGCUCUUGCCCCAGAGGGCACUCCCCCGCCCGGACCGCUCGUUCGACCGCUCGCUCGAGCACCUGCACCAGCCGCCGCCCCUCCCGCUGCCCCAUCGCCCCUACUCGGCCGCCCCGACCUCAUCGUCCCGUCGGCGGAUCCCGCAGGAGAACAGCGAGAGCUUCUUCCCCCUGCUCAAUGACGAGAACGCCGAGGAGGACGAGGGUUCGCCGCCGCCGCCCGCUCAGCGCCAGAGAGACUCGCUCUACACCAGCUUGCCCAUGCUCCCGGGGCUGCCGGCGGACCCCAAGGACGGGGGCGAGGCCAAGAGUCCCGGGGCUAGCUCGGAUGACGUGUACUACAAGAGCAUGCCCAACCUGGGCUCCGGGAACCACCUCCACCAGCUGCACUCCUACUACCAGAUGGGACGCGGGAGCAGCGACGGCUUCAUCGUGCCCCCCAACAAGGACGGCUUGUCCCCGGAGGAGCCCCUCCAGGAGCCCUCGCACUUGGUGACCAGCCUAUAGACGGACCCCCGCCGGGUCACAUCUUUGUUUUGUUGUUUUUUUCUCCAUCAGUCGCCGGCACUUUCUUUUUAUUGCCGUGUCUCUGAGACAAUGAGGUUCCGUUGUGGAAAAACUGAGGGUCAGCCGAAGACAUUUUACCGCCCGCUCUCGCCUCGGAUCAUCUGUGUGAAAACUUAGAGGAUGUAGUCGGAUCCAAACAAAUCCAAACUAUAGACAAGAGACUAUUUUAUGAUACACCUUGACAUUUUUUUUUUCCAAGAAUUUAUUUGGCACAUUUUGUUUGCUAAAGAAGUAAAAGCAAGCAAAUAACGUGAAAGCAUCGCUGCUCUUUUCUUUGUCAAAUUAUAAAAGGGAGGAAAAAAUGAUUCUAUGUAAAUGUACAGUUAACUAGCUAAGCUUUUCUUUCGGACGAUCGACCCCGUGUCUGUACCUGUGAGCAAUUUUUGUUUCCCUGUUCUCAUAAAACAAAGAAGAAAAAAAAAAAA